GGAUAUAGGCAUUAGCGGAUGUAUGAAUAGCCCUAGUUAAUUGGAAUAGUACCAAGGUAACAUUAGUUGGACCUAAAACCGAUUUCUUAUACCCGGGUUUCCUCUUCGGAGGACUUUUAGACAAGAAAUCUCAGCCAUUGUACUAGCACCGGCAUCUCCCGUGUAGCACGCUAUAGUGUCUAGGGUAUAGCAUAUCCUUUCUGCUGUUGAGCGAAUGGUGGAGUAGUUAUGUAGUAAUGGCUAUGUAGUGUGCUGCUGUGUGUCGUUCCACUGUAAUGAGAUCUAAUCCAUCACUUACUAUAAAGCCUAGUACGGACCAUUCUGCUUCAAUGUGUUCUAGAUAGACUUUGCUAUCCUACAUAUUCGAAACUCGAGCGAUAUUAUUAAAUCUAUCACUAUGAUGACACUAGGAGCGAAUCUAGCGGCAGUUGCCUCAUUCAUUAACACAAGAUACACUGAUACGUACGAGUAUAUUUCUCCAAAGAAAUUAGACCUCAGUGGAAAAUCGGUCUUCAUCACUGGAGCUUCCAAGGGCGUUGGGAGGGAGACAGCACUUAGCUAUGCUAAGGCCGGCGCUUCCGGAAUCAUUAUCGGGGCUCGGUCGGACUUGUCAAGUUUAGUGACCGAAAUCAAAGAAGCAGCAAAAAAAGCCGGUCGCAAGACCGAACCGACGGUCCUCUCCCUGAAGCUCGAUGUCACAUCGGAAGACAGCGUUAAGGCUGCUGCAGACGCUGUUUCGGCCACAUUCGGAGGAAAGCUGGAUAUAUUGAUUAGCAACGCUGGCUACCUCGACGGUUGGGCACCCAUUGCCGAGGCGAACACGUACCACUGGUGGCAGACGUACGAAGUCAACGUGAAGGGAGUCUUCCUAUGUAGCAAGUAUUUCAUCCCGCUGCUCCUCGCAAGCGAGACCAAGACCAAUAUCUUCAUAUCGAGCAUGGGCGCUGUUGCGGUUUAUCCUACCGCUUCGGCCUAUCAAACCAGCAAGUUCGCUAUCUGCCGAAUUGCGGAACACAUAGUAGCCGAGUACGCGGACCAAGGCCUAGUCUGCUACUCCCUGCAUCCCGGUGGCGUCAAGACGGAGCUGGCGACUCACAUGCCCAAGGAUGUACAUGAUCAGGUCCUGAUUGACGAACCAGCGCUUCCGGCAGAUACGCUUGCAUGGCUGGGAGCUGAGAGGCGACCUUGGCUUAAUGGGAGAUUUAUUAGUGUCAAGUGGGAUAUGAAAGAGCUCGAGGCUAAAAAAGACGAGAUAGUUAAGGGGGAUUUGUUGAAGUUUAGGUUGACGAUUUCAGCUUAAUUUCUUUACCUCCUAUGUUGUUGCUAAGUUGUUGGUUAUCGUCUUUGUCAAUACCUACCUAUACAUAGUAAAGAAGUAACUAGAAGCUAUAAAGUUCGUAACAAGACUCAUUAGUUAGUGGAGUGUUUAUGUAACUGAUAAUAGGGUUAUCCAGGUUAUCCACUUGACGUUGCUGGGGUUCGUCAUACCUAGUGGACAGUUACGUGCACCUGCUAGCUGCAGACUUAGGUAUCACUAGUAAACUUUAAGGGU